AGUCACGAGUUUGACAGUCACUUCCUUUACACUACUCCACACAGCGGCGCGUCUACAGCACUAGUCAGCAUUCUUUAGUCUCACAUCUCUGUAGUUUUCUGAUGUUAGCACCCACUGAAGCAAAAAGAACAAUGCUUUCGCUGGAGGAGGUAAAGCAGAGUUUAGAAGAGGCGGAUCAGGCGCACGUUCUGCAGUUUUGGCCGGAGUUAAAUGAAGCCCAGCGAGAGAUUUUUCUUCACGAGCUUUCCCAGUUGGAUCUGUCGGGACUGAAGGAGCACUGUGAGGGGGCCGCCAGAGCUGCAGCCUCUGAUCCGGCCAGUCUGGAUGAACUCAUGGAGCCUGUGCCCGCAGAGUUUAUAGGCAGCGCGAGGAACAGCGACAAAACCUCCCUGGCACAGUGGGAAAAUGAAGGACUUUGGCAUAUCUCCAAAAAUCGAGUUGGAGUCCUUCUUUUGGCUGGUGGUCAAGGGACCCGCCUAGGUGUUCAGUACCCCAAGGGGAUGUAUAACGUGGGGUUGCCCAGUGGUAAAACCUUAUACCAAAUACAGGCUGAACGCCUUCACAAAAUUCAAGAACUUGCAGAGUCAAAGCAUGGAACAAAAUGUAUUAUACCAUGGUACAUAAUGACAAGUGAGUUUACACUUACUCCCACUGAGAAGUUCUUCAAAGAAAACAACUACUUUGGCCUUGACCCUCUGAACAUCAACAUGUUCGAGCAGAGAAUGAUCCCAGCAGUGACGUUUGAUGGGAAAGUCAUCCUCCAGGGAAAAGGGAAAAUUGCUAUGGCCCCAGAUGGAAAUGGUGGGCUAUACCAAGCUCUGGUAGACCACAAUGUACUGGAGGACAUGAAGAAAAGAGGAGUGGAGUAUUUACAUGUCUACUGUGUAGACAACAUCAUGGUCAAGAUGGCUGACCCAGUGUUCAUUGGAUUCUGUGCCAGUAAAGGGGCUGACUGUGGAGCCAAGGUGGUGGAGAAGGCGUACCCCACAGAGCCUGUGGGGGUUGUGUGCAGAGUGCAGGGGGUGGCUCAAGUGGUAGAGUACAGUGAGAUCCUACAGACCACAGCUGAGCUCAGAGGGCCCUCUGGGGAGUUGGUAUACAGUGCAGGCAAUAUCUGCAAUCACUUCUUUACUCGACAAUUCCUGGAGGAUGUGACAAUUGGCAGUAUUUUUUAUUGCAGGAAGUCUAAAAUACACCUAAAGCAACAUGUUGCAAUUAAGAAGGUGCCUUUUGUUGAUCAAUGUGGAAAUGAAGUUAAACCGACCAAACCCAACGGUAUAAAAAUGGAAAAGUUUGUUUUUGACAUCUUUCCAUUUUCCAGGAGCUUUGUGGUGUUUGAGGUUGUGAGGGAGGAUGAGUUCUCGCCUCUAAAAAAUGCUGAUGGAGCGGCUACAGACAAUCCCUCUACGGCCCGCAACGCCCUGAUGCACCUGCACAGUCGCUGGGUCACUGCUGCUGGGGCCACCCUACUGAACGAACAUGGAAAUGCUGUUCUCUCUGCCAGUGAGUCAACUACAAUGACCAAUGCUCCAACUAAAUUUGAGAUUUCUCCUUUGGUGUCCUACUUUGGAGAGGGUCUAGACAAGCUGAAAGGAAAGAUUUACCAAACUCCUUUUUAUCUGGACAACGAUCUAUAAUACUUCAUUAUAUUGCAUUCUUUUGUGCCUUAGAACUCAAAUUCCAUUUGUGUCUUCGGUGUUUGUGUUGCUAAAUGUGUGAAGAUGCUGACAGUGAAAUCUUAAUUGGUGCAAAUGCAAUGCAAAUUAUAAAAGAGACAGUUUUGUAUUUUAACUUCUACCAUAAUAUAUAUUUUUUAUGUAAAUUGGACAUAAUAUAACUAUAAAAAAUAAAUCUAUAUUCAUAUUGUA